AUGGCUCAAAGAAUCCCUAAACUUAUGAUGACUUCUUACGCUCAUGAACGUCAAAUCGCAGAGCUCGCCGUCUUGCGGGCCUCAAUCCUUACAAAGAGGGUGCAAUCAAGCGUCAGUGGAAUCUCAAAAGCCGACGACUCACCAGUCACUGCUGCCGAUUUCGCCGCUCAGGCGGUCCUUAUCAGUGCUCUUCGAAAGGCUUUCCCCGGUGACGCCUUUGUUGGCGAAGAAGACUCCAGCGCCCUGAGAGAAGAUGACGCUUUGAAGCAGCGUGUGUGGGAAUUGGCCUCCAACGCCCAUCUGGAGAACCCAGAUGAUGAAGCCUUACUCGCAAGCCCUCAGGAUGUCGACGAACUUCUUGAGGUAAUUGACCUUGGAGGUCGUGGCCAGGGCGGUAGAAAGGGGCGCUUCUGGGUCAUGGAUCCUAUUGAUGGAACCGCCACAUUUCUCAAAGGCGAGCAGUAUGCUGUGUCCCUGGCUUUGGUAGAGGAUGGUCAAGAGGUUGUCGGUGUCCUAGGCUGUGCAAACCUGAAGCCAGUAGAUGGGAAGGUUGCAGAGUCAACCGUUGAUAAAGAUGGCUUAGGUAUCAUGCUCACCGCAGUUCGUGGACAGGGCGCAACGGUCCGCAAGAUGGAAUUCAACGGCCUCCAGCCUGCCCAGCCUCUGGAUAGUAUCUCCAAAGCGUCCAGCCUUGCUGACGCCCAAAUCAUCAACUACUCCAGCGGCUCAACCUCACGCCACGAUCUCAUUACCAAGCUUGCCAACUCAUUCGGUGCCAAAUUCCCCAACAUCGAGCUAUACUCGUCUCACAUUCGUUACGCAGCGCUUCUCGUUGGCGGCGGCGACUUUCAACUUCGCGUGCCUUCGUCUAGUGAUGUGCACAUGUGGAUUUGGGAUCAUGCUGGCGCCCAGCUGAUCCUGACCGAGGCGGGUGGUAAAGUGACAGAUCUCGAUGGUAAGGAAAUGGAUUUUGGAGCUGGACGGGACUUGAAGCAGUGCAACAACGGCCUGCUCGCAGCGAGAGAGGGGAUCCACAAGGCGGUGCUAGAGGGUAUGGGCAAGCUUCUGACUGAAGAUGCAUCUCGUUGA